AUGGUUUUCGCAUCUCUAGAUGUUGUUAUAUUAAUGGUAUCCAUCAUUGUAGCAACGGCUUCGAUUUUUGUAUAUCAUGUUUUCAAGAAGUAUAUCACUCAUAUUUCAUUUUAUAAAACUCAAAGAGAAUCUUUAACAAGAGAUCGAGGAAAGAAUACAUAUGUUAUCGAAAAAGAGCCCACGGGUGGCAUUGAUGUAUCAUUUAUUUAUUAUAUUAAAGAAUAUACAAUCCAAUCUUUGAAUGAUUUUAUCAAUGCUUAUGAUUCAUUAGAACAAAAGUUUACAAACAUAAAAUACGAGAUUGUUUUAUGUAUCAAUGAAAAUAUUACAACUGUUCCUUCAAAACUCUUAAAUUUAACCAAAAAGAAGACUCCACGCAUCACUAUCAUAUCAAUUACAGCUCCAGGCAUUUCCUACUUUGUCACUGGUGGCCUUAGAUGCCAUGGAAAGCUUCUAGUUGAUUACCAGUACUUUAAUUACCUUACAAAGUUCGGUGCAACAAAAUCUAAGCAAGUUGUUACAAUGGUUGACUUCGUAAACAAUGAUCCAUUACCUGGAUACGUUCCAGAAGACUUUUAUGCGCUUGGAUCAAUUACUUACGGUGCAUUCCACCAAAUCUUUGAAAAUGUCCAUGAUCUUAAUCUAGCAACUGCAUACGAAAUCGAGAAGCAUUGCAAAUCUCUAAAAAUUAACUUACAAACAGUUAAUUCUGAUAUGGUCAUCAAUAUUGGUAUUCAAGACAUUUGGAUUCGCAAAGCAAUGAUUGCAUGGGUCAAGUUACUGUAUUUCCUUGAAUUCUUUAAGAGUUCCAAACCUACAAAAUAA